GCGUAAGGAGAAAGUAGAACAGACGCAGAAAAAUUCCAUUGUUCAAGAAAUAUCCCACAAUCAAAUAUAUUAGCUCCAACUGUUCAUCUUCUUCGUAAUUAAAUUCAGUCAAAAGCAUCAAGCUUCUACAUGUCUUCGACAGAUUUUGGUGAAGUUUCUCGGCCUGCGGGUGAAAAUUAUGCCAAUCCAAAGACGUGUUUCUUUCAUGUUCUAUUCAAGGCUGCAGCUCUAGCAUUUUAUAUACUCUCUGCACUCUUUGUCGAUAGCUUUGUCAUAAUCUUUGUGGUGACUGUUCUUCUUGCUGCUCUUGAUUUUUGGGUAGUUAAGAAUGUAAGUGGGCGUAUCUUGGUUGGUUUGAGGUGGUGGAAUGAAAUUAAUGAUCUUGGUGAGAGUGUGUGGAGAUUUGAAUGUCUUGACCAAGAGUUAUUGGCACGUAUGAACAAAAAAGACACAUGGCUAUUUUGGUGGACUCUUUACCUAACAGCGGUCGCUUGGAUUGUGCUUGGAAUAUUUUCUUUGAUAAGGUUCCAAGCUGAUUAUCUCCUUGUUAUUGCGGUCUGUUUGACCCUCAGCAUUGCAAAUAUUGUUGGCUUCACCAAAUGUCGCAAAGAUGCAAAGAAGCAGAUUCAAGCAUUUGCCUCCCAGACCAUUGCUUCGCGAUUUACAUCAACCAUACAGUCAGCGUUUAGUGUUGUGUGAGUUAUUCAGUACAGAAGAUGAGAAUGGAAUGGAAGAAAGCACUUCAGUAAUAUAGAUGUUGCGAAAUGGAGGCCUGCAGAAGUCAGCUAUCAUAGGGAUUGCCUAUUUUCAUUUUUGAGUUAAGAUGUUUUGUAUCGACACCAUUAAUGAUCUGUACAUUGAACUAGGAGAAACGUUCAACAAAACACUCAAACUCUGCAUCCCUUUUACACAUUUGAAUGGUCUAUUCCGUGUAAGAACUUACAUGAUAUGUUCUUUCGAUUGGAUAAGCAGUUUCUUCUCUUUGCUCCCUCUUCUCCUCUCUGAACUUUUUCUGUGUUUUUUUGGCCAAAUCCUCUAUAAACUAAAAUUGCAUGU